CACCACCACCGCACACACACUCCUCUCUCUCACAUACACCGCACCUCCGUUCCUCCGCUCCCAACAGCGCUGGUGCAUUGCCAACCUCUCCUCUGUCGAUAAGCGGAACACGCGCGGGCUCGAGCGCCGUCCUCCCCCUCCCUCUCGUUUCCUUCGUUGCGUGCGCCGCCGUCCGUGUUUCGUGUCGAGUCAAGCGUGCAGAGCAGCAGCAGAACGGGCCUGAGCACUCUUUCAUCCCUGGCAUUUUCCCCGGACCACGAACCUCCGAUACCCUUCUCGCACCACCAUCAUCAUCACCACCACCCCAGGAUUCCCUGAUUGCGCUGCAGUGCGCUCCAUUAAUCGACGAAAAUGAUGGCCGGAGGCUACGACAUGCGCGCCGCGGACGGCAGGAAUCGCAAGCAGAACAUGGCCGAGCUCAAGCUGCGGAGAUUACAAGAGCUCAACAUGCGGUUGAAGGAGGACCUGGAGCGAAGGCGUAUACCGGUUUCUGAGGCCGCGAACGACUUGAUAGGGUUCACGGAGAAAGAGCCCAAGGAUUGGAUGGUACCUUCGAAGUGGGGAACGGUCGAUCGAAAAGAAGAUCCGUACGCGCCACAACAGAGCAACGGCUGCUGCGUCGUGAUGUGAGCGAGCUCUCCCUCCUCCACGGAGGCACCACAGCGAACAUCUCACAGUCAUCAAACUUCGAAGGCGUACGACGGCGUUAGCGUCACUCUACGAGUGGAUUAGAUAUCCAUUUGCUUUUUUGCAUCAAAUCAUCCUUUUCGUGCCGUGUCUCCCGCUUCGCCUCCGCAACCUCACCCCGCCCCUCGGCGACCGCAAUAUCGGGUGCUUUGCAACUAUGUAUUUUAUGUCUUUUGAUGCCGAAGGAGAAGGACACUGGGGUGGACAAAUGCUCCACCAUUCGAGGGGCUCAUUGGGCGCACAAGGAAUCCGCGUGCUGAUGAUGAGCGCGAGACAGUUUGGGCAGAUGUGCUGACGGUUCUCUCUUAUUUCCAAGCCACAUAUUUCCUUGCACUCUCACAAACUCGACACCCGGCGAUCUGCCACGAUGCUCUUUUCUAUGUUUUAGGAGGUUGAGCAGUGUGCGAAAAAAUUAAUUCCAUAGUAAUGCCUCGCAGCAAUAGUUUCCAGUGACCCCACAAUUCUUGCAUUCUAG